ACAAUAAAGAUCAUUAUGCGUUUUUUCAAAAUGUUUAUGAAACUGAAACUACUGAAGAGUAUAGACCAACAUAUAUGCAAUCUCAAGCAAAUACAGAACCUAUUCCAAAGUCUACCUUGGUUGUGGGAAAAAUCC